UUCUUCAAGACACAGACGUCAUGGAUAAAUAUGAAAUAAUAAAAAAAAUUGGAGAAGGAUCUUUUGGCAAAAUAUUCUUGGCAAAAGGAAAAGUGGAUAAUGAGCAGUGUGUUAUCAAAGAGAUCAAUUUAACUAAGAUGCCUGUGAAAGAAAAAGAAGCCUGUCAGAAAGAAGUGAUUCUUCUGGCCAAGAUGAAGCAUGCAAAUAUCGUAACCUUCUAUGCUUCUUUGCAAGAAAAGAACAAGCUAUAUAUUGUGAUGGAAUACUGUGAUGGUGGAGAUUUAAUGAAGCGGAUACAUAUGCAGCAUGGAGUGCUGUUUGACGAAGACCAGAUUCUGAGUUGGUUUGUGCAGAUCUCCUUGGGCUUGAAGCAUAUUCAUGACAAGAAGAUAUUACACAGAGAUGUGAAAACACAGAACAUUUUUCUUAGCAAUAAUGGAAAGGUAGCAAAGCUUGGGGACUUUGGCAUAGCAAGACAGUUGAACAGCACUAUGGAGUUGGCGCAUACCUGUGUAGGGACCCCCUAUUAUCUGUCACCGGAGAUGUGUGAAAAUCGACCAUAUAACAAUAAAACAGAUAUUUGGUCUCUUGGCUGUGUGCUUUAUGAGCUAUGUGCACUAAAGCAUCCUUUCGAAGGCAAUAGUUUGCACCAGCUGGUGCUGGAGAUAUGCAGAGGACGUUUUCACCCAGUGUCUCCCAGCUAUUCAUAUGAUCUGAGGAUAUUAAUUUCCCAGAUGUUUAAAAUAUCUCCAAGAGAUCGACCAUCUAUCAACUCUAUUCUAAUGAAGCCCUUCUUGCAGAAGCUUGUUCUCAGAUAUUUACCUCCUGAGGAAGAACUCAGUCACACUGUGAUACAUAGAAAAAGGUCUUCAGCAUCACAGCCUGGAGCCAAGCUGAUACAAGCACAUCAGAUUCAAAAAAGGAGAGUCCAGGACCAAGUUCCUUCAGAAUAUGGAAUGGUGGUGCCUGUCCAGAAACAGGAAUUAUCUCAAAGAAAUGAAUGGAAACAUCCUUCAAGAGGGCAACAGCCUAUUUUUCAG